CUCUUCUGGAAAGUUCCUCUCCAGCUUUCUUGUAAGCCCCCUUAAAGUACUGUAAGUGCACUUCAAGUGCUGUAAGACCUCCCUGGAGUCUUCUGUUCUUCCCACUGAACAACGCUAGCUCUCUGCCUUUCUUCACAGGAGAGGUGUUCCAUUCCUCCAGUGAUCUUUGUGACCUUGCUUCAACAGGUCCAUGUCUUUCCUGUGCUGAGGACCCCAGAGCUGGAUGCAGUUUCUGUAGAAAAAAAAAAAAAAAUCAGACCAACUCAUGUGCUUUGAUACUGUUGUAUUCAGGUGAAAAAUAUCUUCACGCAUGAUGGCGUUAUACAUGUAAAGCCCAUACAACCAGCUGUUGGGUGUGUAGCUUCAUGUGACGUACCACCCCUCUCAUAGUGGGGCUCAGAUGGACAGAUUUUCAACUGAAUUCUCAUCUAUCAACACUGGCAAAUAUUCACAAGAUUUACCACACCCUCAAUAGGCUGAAUCUGACAGAGGACGUUGGUCAAGACGAUCACCAGACAGUAUGUAUAGAAAAUACGAUUCAACUAGAAUAAAAGCAGAGGAAGAAGUCUUUUCAAGUAAGAGAUGCUUGGAAUGGUUCUAUGAAUAUGCAGGCACAGAUGACAUUGUAGGGCCAGAAGGUAUGGAGAAAUUUUGUGAAGACAUUGGAGUUGAACCGGAAAAUGUAGUUAUGCUUGUGCUAGCAUGGAAGUUGGAUGCACAAAACAUGGGCUACUUUACAUUACAAGAAUGGUUGAAAGGAAUGACAUCGCUACAGUGCGAUACUACAGAAAAAUUGAGAAACUCUCUGGAUUACUUGAGAUCUUUAUUAAAUGAGCCUACCAAUUUUAAACUUAUUUAUAGAUAUGCCUUUGACUUUGCACGGGAAAAGGACCAGCGCAGCCUAGAUAUCAAUACUGCCAAGUGUAUGUUGGGCCUUCUUUUAGGAAAAGCAUGGUCCCUUUUUCCAGUAUUUCAUCAGUUUCUAGAGCAGUCAAAAUACAAAGUCAUCAAUAAGGACCAAUGGUGUAAUGUUCUUGAAUUCAGCAGAACAAUUAACCUUGACCUCAGUAACUAUGAUGAAGAUGGAGCCUGGCCAGUGUUGUUGGAUGAGUUUGUGGAAUGGUAUAAAGGAAAACAAAUGACAUAGGAGUUUAACUAUGCACAGCCACUCAAGAGUCACUGUUACCACAGUUACAUCAACCAUUAGCCAUAAACUGCUAUUUGUAUCAAAGUGCAUGCUGCUUUUCUUGCACUGCAUCCCUUUGGCAGGGAACUUUUGAUGUUUGCUAUUUAACAAGCUAGCUAUGCUUGCUGUUUAGCAUUGUUCUCUUUGAAGGCUGCUUUGCAUUUUGUAUUUACACUAUGAAUUGGUGAACUUGCCAGAGUCUUCACUGUGAUUAUGUGUAUAUUGCUGUCUAAAUUUUGUAUAUGUGUAUAAAAAAAGGCUUCACCUAGGGAUUAUUUCUGCAGAAAUGUAUUGUAAAAAUAAUUUUGUGGCAUAUUUCUACUAUCACUUAACAUGUCUGUUGAAACUUUAGUUAUUUUGUUUUUCUUUUGGUCUCAAAUGUAGCAUUUCAGACUUUCUGGACAUAGUUAUGUGAAGAACUAUUGUCAGUUUCAAUGUUACUAUUUGAGAUGCCAGUUUCUGAGAAGACAUGCUGUGACUUCCUUCACCAGACUUCGCCAAACCUGACCUAAUGCUUUAUAGGAAUGAAACAUUGGUGUCUUAAAAAUAUAUAUAUGCAUAUAAAUAUUUAAACACUGUAAUAGUUGUACAUGCCACAGAUGAUUUCCAUUUGAAGAAAAAAGUACUGACUUUUUAAUGUUAAAACUGAAGUAGUCAUUACAGGUACAAAUGAACAAAUUAAAGUACCUUUUAAAAAUGGGUUUUAGACUUUUGUAAAUUGCCUUUGGCAUACUCCUUUUAAUUUUUGUUGUACCAAGAGUGUUUGGUCUAUGUUGUGAUCUAGUGACCCAAUGACAUUGAAAGUUCUAGCUGAAGUUCGUGGUUUGGGGAAUGAAGUAUGCUCGCCCCUAGCACAUACAUAAUAAAGAUUUUGGGGAUUUUUUUGUUUGUAACACUAGUCUUUCCAGGGGCCUCCAGCUUUGUGUUUCUGAGUACUAAAAAAAUAUGAUGUUGAAUAGUCAAAACAUUACUUUUUCUUUCCUUUUGGGAGUUAGUUUCCUGGCAGAAUGUCCAUUGCAGGCAAUGGGCAUGUAAAACACCAGCAUUAAAUGACAGUACUUUUUAGUAGGGACCACUGCCUGUUUCACUCAUUUGUUUGUCUGUAUAGGAUGGUUAUAGUGAUUAUUUUGGGGAAGAAAAAUGAGUGAAUGGAAUAAUGUUUAAGUUUUGUAAUUUUGUCAUGUUGUCUUUGCCUUACCCUUCUUUAUUGAGUAAUGUUAUUGUUGAUAUUUAUAAAUAGGUCCUUGAAGUAUCUGGUGCUAUUAAACUUCGAUCCCUAAGGAUUUAUUAAAAUGUUAUCGAUUCAUGGAGCAUUUAACAAUGAAGGGCCAGUGGGUGUUUUGGAACAACAAAUAACAUUACUUUUCUGUAGAAAUAUUUUAUAAGAUAUUGGCAGUUUUGUUAUUUCCCUAGAAUGUGAUCCACGGGAGCAGGAGGGGAAAGCGUUUUAUGUUGAAAGUGAAAUUUUCAUCUGUGUUGAAGGUUUUGUCCUUGCUGUCAAGUCAGGAGCUGCCGUUGACUUGACUCCUUUUAGGAUUAAGCCUAGUUAAGCAAAAGCACAUUAUUUUGCUGCCCUGGACCAGGAGGUUGUAAUUGUGGUGCUACAGGUGGUCAGUUGUGUUCAGAUCUGUUUGUUGUUGUCGUUGGUUUUUAUUUUUCAAGCUCAGCUGCCAAAGACAAAAAAUGUUUGUAUCUGUUUGUGUAUAUUUGUAUAUACAUAAAUAUACAAUAUAUAUGCAUAUACAAAACCUAGAAUUUCAUGAUGCUAAGAAGAAAAUACUACCUUUCCCAUGAAAUAGCUACAUUUGGAUUUCCGUAACACUAAAUACUGCUUUUUAAAGUUAGUAGUGGUAAAACAUACGUAGUCAGUGCUUUCUUGUGUACUAAAGCACAUAACCAUAAUUAGAUGUUUGAUGCCAAUUUGCACAAGAAAUUAAUUGAGUGGAGUGUGGUAUUUAAUGUUUACAAUAAGCCUCUUAAGAAAACACAUUUUAUUAAGACUUCUGCUGUAAAUGUGUAUAUUACUAUAGUAUUACUGUAAUGAAGUACCAGUGGAGCUGCUGGUUUAGUUCUUAAAAGAAUGAACUUAGAAGCAAUAUAACUUUUAACAUUAGGCCAAAUUGUGAUUGCCAAGAUUUUAAGUGAAAUAGGUGUAAUUGUUCUUAAAACAUUAAGCUAGCUGUUGACUCUAGGAAACUGUUCACAGUUUCUGAACACAGAAUUUGUGUUCACAGAACAAAUUGGUGUGAAUCCUCCGACAAAUACAAGUUUGUAUAAAAGGUUUUGUAUGUCACAAAUAACUGAGCUUCUAGUAAUGGAAGCAAGAGCCAAAGACACUUUUAAUCUAUUACUGUUACAGGUACAGCUUUCAUAUAACAGGGUUGACAGAAAUCUGUUCAGCCAGGUGUUGGCAGUUUUGAGAUGUUUAUCAGACUACAAAAUUUAAUUAAAAGCAAAGAAAUGGGAAAAGAAACCUCAGAAAGUACUUGUGCUGUGUAAGCAAACAAACUUGGUUUUUUAAUUUGGGUAAAAGUAGUUGUGAGUGAUGGAAAGGAAGAAUAUGUUUGGAAAUGAAUCAGAUGCUGCAGAUUUUUUCUUCCAUUUGAAACAGGAUAAAUGUAGCCAUCAGCAGGUUUAUAAACAUGCAUCUUGAUAAAGUAAACCACAGAUUCAAUUACAGCUGGUAGAGACAGCUUUACUGACAUCUAUAGUGAACAAAUGGACUAAAAUGGACCUGUGUGGCUUGAUGAGCUUCCCUGUGCUAUCCAUCCUGCUGAUAUAUGCUGAUAAGCAGAAGAUCCUAAUGUUGCCUCCUCCUGUAUAUUGGAGAAUUUUUUAAUAGUUGUGGAAACUUAACUAGCCUACUCAGUUGAUCUUGUAUUUAGUACAAGUGUGGCAUUUGCUUUCUUGUUUAUUAUGCCAUCAAAUAGCUCAUGUGGAUUUUUUUGUUUGUUUGGUUAUGGGCUUCCCCCCCUCCCCUUUGGAAAAGUAAUGUACAGAUUAUGCUGAUUUCUGGGACAAGACACUGAGAGGUCUUUCCUGAGAAAGUGUCAUGGGUCUUGUGCUAAUCUUUCUGGUGUACUAUUACUGAACUUUUAGCAAAAAUUUGAUGAUCAAGGUACAGUUCAUUUUUGGUAUUUGGGAGAUGUAAAUUGGAAAGACAGUUAGUGAAAGGAAAACAAUGUCCAGAGGCUAUACGAGCUGAUGUUCUUUGAUAGAUGACACACAUUUGGAGCUCUUUGGACUCAAUAAUCUUAAGGAUCUUUCUCAACCUAAACGAUUCUAUUAAUGUUAGGAACCAAAACAGCCCAUGGAUUAAAUUUCUUUCUAAAGCAAAGUGAUAUUAAGUAUUUAAAGUAUUCAUAGAAUUCUCUAUUACUGAUGUUUUUUCACUUUUUGCCAAGGAAAGCAAGAUAAAGAACAUAGAAAUUGUCGAAAUUAUUUAUGUACUUGAGUUUUCAGUUAAAACCUCUUUAAGGUUGUCUUUAUGCUACAAUAAAUACUUGGGUUAUCUUUGUGUAACCAUUUCUAAUUCUGUAGAGGCUUCUCCCAUUUUACCACAAACACGUGCAUUUUAUUUCAUCACAAAUAUGCUCACACAAUCAAAAUUAGUUACAGCUUAUUGCUGCUUGGUUAAUGUUCCCAAGUUACUGUUUUGUAGGACAAAAAUGGACUUCAGUUGUGUUAAGGUUUUCCCAGAUUUCUGUUGAUCCUUGGUCACAAGUCUAACAAACUGUUUGAUACUCUUGGAAUUCAUAUAGACAGCUUUAAAGGUUAGCUUGUGCCCUGGUUUUAGUUAUAGCUGCUAACAUACCUCUUUCUAGGCCUUAUAUUUUGUCUUUUCAUAUUGUAAAAGUAUAUAGAAUCCAUCCACAAACUAAAUAGUUUGUUUUCUGUAAUCGGGACCAAAAUUCAGCUUGAUGUUUUUGUUUGCUUUUAUUUUUUAAAUCCUUGCCCGUUCCCCCCCACUCUGUGUGUGUGUGUGUGUGUGUGUGCAUGUGUAUGUGUGUCAAAAUAGCACCUACUGACACUGCUGUUGCAGGAACAGCAGUUAAACUGUAACUGUGAAUGCUUUACGUCUUAGUUACUUGGAUAUUACAUAAACAAGGUGUGCUAAACUCCUGUGAAUCACAAUAUGAUGAAAAUACUAUUAUGCCAUCUAACAUGAGUUAACCUGGUUGAUUUUUAGGUCUUUUCAUGGUGUUGAUGUAAAAUGGCAUCCCACAAAUAAACAGUAUUUGUGUUGGUUUCAGCAACUGA